GCACCAGCCACCAAUACCAUUGACGUGUUACAUAAGACGAGAAAGAAAUGCAAUACUGAUAGCUGCGGCCGUCGGUGGACGGUGGUGACUGGUGAUAAAACUCUGUCUGUAUAGUGUAUGCGAAGAAGAAUGGUGAAAUGGAAUUAAUGUUUUUGCUAAACGAAACAAGAAGAAGGUGAGUGGAAUAGAGAAUCAGGGAUUAGGAAGUAGUGAAAAUGAAAAAUUACUUAAAAUUAGGGUUAGGGACGUUAGCAAUGUGCAGGGGGAAAUUGAAUGGAUAUUGCUUUGCUUUGUCAAAAAUAUCACCUCGCGUAUCAACAUCUGUUCUUGCUGAGUGUAUUCGAUUUCUAUCCACUUCUGAAAUUCAACCUCAUUUAUCAAUCGACAUCAUCCAGAUAAUGGAGCAAAGGUUGUCAGCUAUUGAGCGGAGGAGUGCUUUUCUCCAGGAUCUCGUCAACACGCCAGAUGCCUCAUUAACAGAGUACGCAAGAGCCAAUAAGGAGCUCAGGAAACUCCGAAGUUCUGUGGACUUAAUACAGGACUUGAGGGCCAAACAGAAGGAAAUUGAUGGUCUCAAGUCACUCAUGGCUGAAUGUGCUGACGAGAAAGAUAUGCUUAAGAUGGCAUAUGAGGAAUUGAAUCAGGCGGUUGAAGAAGAAAAGAAGAUGCAAAUGUUGCUGCUGAAAUCAUUGCUUCCAAAGGAUGAUGCUGAUGAAAGGGACAGCAUUCUGGAGGUGAGAGCAGGUACUGGAGGUGAAGAAGCUUCUUUAUUUGCAAUGGAGAUAUUCAAAAUGUAUGAGAGGUACUCACAGAAGAAGGGAUGGAAAUUUGAAGUUGUUUAUACAACAGAGUCUGAUCUUAGGGGAUUCAAGGAAGCUGUUGGAUUGAUCUCGGGGGCUGGUGUGUAUGGGAAGCUCAAGUUUGAGAGUGGAAUUCACAGAGUUCAGCGCGUUCCUGUGACAGAGAAGUCCAGCCGCGUUCAUACAAGUGCUGUAACAGUUGCUAUUCUCUCUCAAGCUGAUGAGGUCGAUGUCCAAUUGAGGAAUGAAGAUUUGAGAAUUGAUACUUACCGCUCUGGUGGUUCAGGGGGUCAGCAUGCUAAUACUACAAAUAGUGCUGUGAGGAUAACUCAUGUCCCAUCUGGGCUGACAGUGGCUAUUCAAGAUGAACGAUCACAGCACAUGAACAAGGCCAAAGCAUUGAAGAUACUUUAUGCGAAGCUUUAUGAAGUCGAGAGAUAUAAAAUUCAGAAGAGCCAAUCAAAGCUUCGGAUCGAGCAGAUCGGCAGUGGUGACAGAUCUGAACGAAUUCGUACGUACAACUUCCCGCAAGGACGUGUCACUGAUCAUCGUGUUGGAAUAACUCAUCACUCAGUAAAUGAGGUGUUGCAGGGAGAGAGUUUAGAUGUAUUUAUUGAUGCUCUUCUCUUACAGCAGGAAAUGGAUGCCGUUGCAACUUUCUCAGCCAGUUAGAAUUUAAGGUUACCCUUGAAGUCUAGACUCAUUUGGUAUACUUGUCUCUCCUUUAACUAGAGCUUCAUUGUGUUCUGUCAUUGUCCAUCGAGCUUACAGAUGACGUUAGCGGGAGUCAUCUUUUUUGCUACACAUUAAUUCUGAAAUAAAUGAAUGAACAAUAAUUUGAAAAGGUUAAA